CUUGGAUACUAAACCCACGGGACAGACACACUCACGUUCGCCAAUUUUUGUGAAAAAUCGACUAGAUAGAUGCCCGCUCCGCCUGUAGCUAACUACAAUGGAAGAAAGAUGUUGAGGGGAGAAGACUUAGAUGUCAACAUGGAACGUUCAAGUCCUGCAAUAAUGAAUGGGGACAUCAUUCUACAAGUGAAUGAAACUCAAAUAAAAUGUCAAAAACAUCUUCUGAUUGAAAAAAGUGACUAUUUCCAAGGGAUGUUUGCAAGUCAUAUGAAAGAAAGUUCUUCAACUCUAAUUGAAUUGAAAGGAGCCAAAGCAGAUGUGAUUCAGUUGUUGGUGGAUUCUUUGAACUCCCCUCUGCUGAUCACAGAAGAAAAUGUGUUUGACUUGACAGAAGCUUCUGUAGUGUACCAAUUCCAAGAAGUAUUGGAAUCGUGUUGUGAGUUUCUUGGCCAUUCCUUAAACCAUUCCAACUGUCUGACUGUCAUGACGAUGGCAGACAUGUUCUCUCUAUCAGAACUGUUCCACAAGGCAAAGACACAUUCUUUGUGGUACUUUGAAAAUGUUGCCCGAGAAGAGGAAGUCUAUGAUCUCACGGAGCCACAGAUCAUUGACUACCUUUCCCACAAUGCUCUUCACUGCACUGAUGAAUGGCUAGUGUUUGAUGUGCUUUGCAAAUGGUACAAACAAAAUAUAUCCUGCAAUCCUAAUACUCCGUCUGAAUCCUUAGAUGCGAAUAGUAAACACGAUCUGAAUGAGAUGGACCAGUGCAAUUCCUCUCAAUCUGAUCCCAAAGAGGUGAUUCAGGAUUCCAACAUAAUUGUUUCUGUGACAGAUUGUAGUUCCAAAGUGGACAGUUUUGGUCCAGAUCAGUUCAGUGACCCUCCCACUUCAGACAAUGAAGCAGCUGUCCCAAGUACCAAGUUCUCUGAGCUGUUGAAGAAGUGUGUGUAUUUUGACAUGCUGUGUGACCAGCAGGUACAGAAACUGCUUCAGCACCCUCAGGUGGCUGCCAAUGAAGAUGCUAGACGACUAGUGGCUGAUUAUGCUGCAUUACAGAAACAGAAAAUGCUAAAUAAACCAGCUGCCAAGCAUGAUCAAGCAAAUAAGAGAAUGUCUCCAACUGCCAUCAUGUGUUUUGGCGGCCAUGUUUGUUCAUCAUCAGAAUGUGCAAAACCUGACCAAUGUGAGGGGAACUCCGCCGCGAGGGAAAUGCUGUGGUUCUCUCAAGACAAGUGCACCUUCUCAGUAGAAUCCCUCACUAACGAUGACAACUCCGAGCUUGGUGAAACUGCUCUCAAGAUGAUUGGUUGUCAAGUUACACUUGUCGACAAGGAGGUGUUUGUAAGUGGUGGGGAGGCUGUCUUGGGGAGGAACACGUGGCAGAUGACAAUGAUGGCGUUCAACUGCUUCACCCGUAGAUGGUGCUGCAAGAAAGUUCUCCGUCAGCCACGGAGACACCAUGGAGCUUGUGCAGUUGACCGCAGACAUUUGUUUCUACUGGGAGGAUUUGGCCGCUUCCGGAAGAUCCUCAAUGUUGUUGAAAGUUUUGAUGUUGAAACAGAUGAAUGGUCAGACCAUCCUCCCAUGCUUCAGCCUGAGUUCUCUGCAUCAGUCACUGUCUGUAACAACAACAUCUACGUCUUUAAAACACAGAUUCAGCAGUACAAUCUCACUACACAUGAUUGGUCAUUCAUCACCAUAAGCCAACCAAUCAGCUCCAAUGUCAACUUUGCCUUGACCUUGGGGAGCAGUAUCUACCUGUGUUGCAAGUUCACCAAGAACCUGAGAGUGUUUCACCCUGAAACAAGUGACUGUAAGGAAGUGGGCCAUUUCCAGACAGAGUGUAUGGGAUGUGUUUUGCUCCAUGGAAAGGUUUACUGGUUCGGAAGAUUUCUCCAACAGCCCAACAGUAGAGUGUUUUGAUCCAAGACACAAUUCUUUUGAAAUGUUGGGUAAAAUAAAGAACUGUUUCUUGA